AUGCCCCCCUCUUUUGGUCCCGACACACUCUUGUUCUCAUGGAAUCUCUUCAUGAAUAUUCGGGACCCUCCUACUCCCCAAAGCGAACGCAAACAACACCCGGAAAUCAUCGAAAUUUUGUCAGACAGCGAUGAAGAUGCCCAAGGCAGGACACCGACCCGGCGGCCGAGGCGUGCCAACGACAGAUCUCAACACCUCACCCCACCACCAUCGCCUCCGUCGCCGUCAUCAACUAGGCGCCAGCAGGUCGCACGAAACGACAUUGCAUCCCGCCUUCGAGCUGCUCCGAGGGUUCCUGUUGGAGAGCCAGGUGGCGUUUCUCAUCGACGACAACUCACGCCUGCUGUGACUACCUUUCAAGGUGGCCCUAUUCGCUUUGCGGGCGCUACAGAGACUCGUACCGCACGAACUAGCAGUACGAAAGCUGGUUCCAACAACCCAAACAUUGCCAAGAGAUCUGGCAAUCUCAAGAUCGAACCGGGCGAGGGUUCAAUGGCGCCCAGAACAGAAUGGUUGCCGCGCACCAAAUAG